CCGAGGGUGGAAAGUUUAAAUCAUGGCCUUUCUUUACUCCCUGUCGUCGUUCUCCCUUCUCUUCCUCCUCUUCUCUCGUCGUACUCCUCGAAGUCCAUCCAUCUUACCUUUCUCGGUGAUAUACACUGCUCAGACUACGAUACCCACCAUUCGCUUUGGGCAUCAACGUUUUACAUCUUAAUACUCUUUUAAUUUAAACCGACUCCCUCGAUAUCUAUACCAACUUCACCCUUCCGAACCCAAACGUCGAAUAUCAAGAUGCGUUUCAUCACCGCCAUUGCCUUUGCCGCCACUGCCAGCUUCGUUGCCGCGCAGGACAAGUGCGACGCUCAGAACAUUGUCGACACCUGUGUCCAGGGCUACCAAUCCCGUAUCGAUGACUGCAACAAGAACGGUAACGACUUCAUCUGCCUCUGCGACGUCUACCGUGACGUUCUCGUUUGCUACAACAACUGCCCUGACUCCCUCGAGAAGCCCCCCGUCGAGAACACCGUAACUUCCUACUGCGGUGCCGCCGAGCCCCUCCGCGCCGCUGCUUCCUCCUCCAUGGCUUCCGUUGCCAGCGUCGCUGCUACACAAUCCCACGCUGCUGCUAGCGCUACCAGCGCCAUGACCAGCGCUACUGGAACUGGAUCCGAGUCUGAGUCUGCCCCCAGCGCGACUGCCAGCAGCUUCGAGGGUGCCGGUAGCUCUUUCGGUGUACCCGCCGGUGCUGCCAUUGUUGCCAUGUUCGCUGGACUGUUGUAGAGUAGCAUGUUCGAGAGAUGGACGUGGUUCGUGUAGUUGUGAAUAGGAUAAUCUUUAAUCGGGGAUACGAAGUGUUGGCGAUUGGCUGGAUGUAUUGAGUUGCGUGCGUACAUACGUGCGUGCGUGCGUGCGUGAGAGUGAGUGAGUGAUGUGUGUUCUGAUGUUCGUCCCAUUGUUGUGGUAGUCGAUUCUUUAAUGUCUCGUUAUCUAACAGAUAGGUCAUCACUUUUUUUUAACUUGUCUAGGAAAGUG